AGAAGAUCAUGCAGUGGACAACCAAUUGGGCGAACAUCACUUGGCAGAUAAUGAUAUGAUCACUCAUGUAGAGGCUCCUAAUGCAUGGACACGCUGGAGGGAUGAUUUGGCGCAGGAGAUGUUUAAGACGUGGAGGACACAUGGCUGAAGCAAGUCAACCUUUGAGGAAGCGAGUAAACCACACUUGGACAAAUGAAGAAGACAAAGUACUUGUAGAUUGUCUCCUUGAAAUUGGUCAAAAUUGGAAGGGAGACAAUGGAUUCAAGCCUGGAUUUGCAAUUCAUCUAGAGAAGAUGAUUCAUGAUAGGAUUCCCGGAUGUGCAUUGAAAUCUACCCCGCACAUCACAUCCAGAAUUAAAUUGUUAAAAAGGCAUUACAAUGCCAUCUGCGAAAUGAUCAGCCUGACUGGUGGAAGCGGUUUCGACUGGAAUGAUAAGCACAAAAUGAUUGAUGUGGAUAGGCAAAUAUAUGAUGAUUGGGUGAAGACCCAUCCAAAUGCAAAAGGGCUCUACAAAAAGCCUUUUCCUUACUUUGAUAUGUUAGCACCAAUAUUUGGUAAGGAUAUGGCAACUGGUCAAGAUGCUGUAGGUCCAGAAGAUGCUGCCCAAGAUGUAGACAAAGAAGCUGCCAUUAAUGAUAAGUGUGGGUCAAUUGCAGAUGAUAUGUAUGACCAAAUGGACGACUAUACCCAAACACCGUUUUUUAAUCCAAUUCCUGAAGAUCCAACUGAAGAGGGUAUGGCACAUUCUCCUGUGUCUGUUUCUGUUGCAAAAAAAGGAAAGAAAAGAGGCAGAAGCGAGGAUCCAGUUAUUUUAGUGGUGGCUGAUGCAAUGAAGGACCUUACUCAGAGUUAUCGAGAGGGGAAUGAAGUUAUGAAGGAAAUGGUUAAGAAUCAAGGUGAAGAAAGGGCUUUAAGGAUGACAAUCAUUGAAGAGAUAAAAAAGUUGGAAGAUUUAACAUUGCCUCAAAUUGUUAAGGUUGCUAUGCUUAUGGGGAAGGACAACAAUAUAACAAAUAUUUUCAUGCAAGGUGGCAAAGAGGAAAGACAGUUGGUCGUGGAAUCAUUAUUGGACAAUUCUCAGUAAAUGAUGGUGAUGAAGUAUUUUUUUGUUAAGCUUUGGGUAUAUAUCGCUGUUAAUGAUCCCAUGGAGAUUAUUUUGCUAACUACUUGUAAGUGGAAGUUUACAUGAAAGAUGUUAAUAUUUUGGGAAGCCACCGUGGAUGUAUUAAUAUUUUGGGUAACCACCGUGGAUGUAUAUGGCUGUCCAUAUGUUUAUGUUUUAGUCUUUUUGCAAUUAAUGCUAUACUUAAUGGUAUUUUAUGGAUGU